UAUAGUAAAGUUUUCAUUUGGUAAAACCAAAAUCUCCCUCUGAAAAUCUCUCAGUUUUUUUUUUUCUUAAAAAGAAAACUCAAUAAAGCAAAUUUGAAGUUAUACAUAUAUUUUUUGUAAAAUUCUUUAUGAUAUAAUUGCUAAUUAUAGCUCCAAUUUAAUUUUUAUGACGUCUUUGCUGUAUUUUUUGCUGGGUUUAACGGAAUUUCGGUGGCAAAACAAUUUUCAUAGCUGUUUUUUUCGAUGAGCUUUGAAGGUAUGAGAGGGUUUGUAUAUGAAGUAUUUCGGUUCUUGAAGAAGAAGCAGUUCUCACUUCACUUUAGCUGACAAGGAUUUAUGAAAUAUUAUGUUGGUGUCACAUCUUCCUUAUCAUCAGUACUUUUAGAUCUGGUUGGCAAGGAGUGUAUCAAUGAAUAUUGUUGGUGACGAAGACAAAGAAAUGCUAGAUGAGGAAAAGGCUAUUGGAGAUGGAAUUUUUCGUGAGGGAUUAAAUGUAGUUAAGGAUAAUGAGUUCAAAAUUGGUACGAUCAGUAAUGACAGGAUAGAAGAGAGGGAGAUCACAUUGCAAGCUCAACAUGGUGUGAAAUUGCAAGAACAACAACAGAGUCAGGGGUCAGCAGCCUGUUGGCAGCAAUUUCUUCAUGUCACCUCCAUUAAAGUGCUGCUGGUGGAGAAUGAUGAUUCUACACGACAUAUUGUCUCUGCUUUACUUCGAAAUUGCAAUUAUGAAGUUAUAGAAGCAGCUAAUGGAUUGCAAGCUUGGAAGAUACUGGAAAACCUGACCAAUCACAUUGAUUUAGUGUUAACAGAGGUUGUAAUGCCUUGCUUGUCAGGUUUAUGCCUCCUAUGCAAAAUCAUGAGCCACUACACACGCAAAACUAUUCCUGUUAUCAUGAUGUCAUCUCAUGAUUCAAUGGAUUUAGUCUUCAAGUGUUUGUCAAAAGGUGCAGUGGACUUCCUAGUAAAACCUAUACGGAAGAAUGAGCUUAAGAACCUGUGGCAGCACGUGUGGAGAAGAUGCCACAGUUCUAGUGGAAGUGGGAGCGAAAGCGGCACUCAAACCCAAAAAUCUAUAAAAUCAAAAAGCAGUGAGAAGUCUGAAAACAACAGUGGUAGCAAUGACAGGGAAGAUAAUGGGAGCGAUGGCCUAAAUGUUGGUAACAGCAGUGAGGAUGGGAGUGGCACACAGAAUUCCUGGACAAAGCAAGCUGUUGAAGCUGAUAGCUCUCAGGCAGUGUCUCCAAUGAAUCAGCUACUUGAGUGUCCAGACAGCACUUGUGCUCAGGUUAUUCGUUCAAAUGCAGACACCGCUGCUAACAAGAAUGCACAAAUAAAUGCCAAGAGGAAAUGCCAAGAAGAAGAAGACCAUCCUGAUUCUAUUGCAGAAGAACCCUCCCUCAAAACCAUACCAAGAUAUCAGAAGUCACAGCCUGAAAAUGCAAUUCAGGUUCCAGCCAAACUUGUUGAUGCAGAACAUAAGACACUGCCGGCAAUAAAUUCCAAGACGAGAAGUUUGAAGAUGGAUAAACACCAGGCAGAUCUAGAUGGUAAUUUUCCAUCCACUGAAUAUCAUGAUGUGACUGCUGAGACACCUCAUCCUCGGACCAACAGCAGAAGGCUGAACAAAGCUGUGCAGGUAUUAGAUAUCAAUAAUUCAUCCAUUGGUGAGUCUAAAGAGCUAAGUUUAAAAAGGCUAAGAGGACCAAAAGAACCAGAAAAAACUGCUCAAGAUGAUCGUAAUGUUUUGAGAAGAUCAGAUCUUUCAGCUUUCUCAAGGUAUAAUUCGUCUUCAAACCCUACGAGGACUCCUGAUGGGAUUACACUUAGUAGUUCUUUAAUUAAUAAUGGCCAGGAAGUUGCCAAGAACGAAUCAUGUGAUAUUCCAACUCAUACAAAUGAGAAAUUUUUAAAUCCGAGUGGAACUGGCAAUGUUAUAGAUAAGGGGUCCACCACUAAUAAGCUUUCUGAGGAACCAUUACUUUCUAGAGAUAGGGCAGAAGCAACAUCAACAAUUAAAGGUUUGUGCUCAUUGUCAGCUUUCAAGCCUGCAAAAGUUGACUUCAGAAUCUCCCCUCAGCAAGUUCCACACAUUAAGCUUAAGCCUUGUAAUACACAAGCUACAGACAAUCUUGCCCUGGGAGGCUCUCACAUUGACAUCCUAGUUCAUCACUCUCAUCAGCACCACCACCACCAUCACUUCCACGACCUAGAUCAAGAUUGCACAUCCACCCAUGUAGAUUUCUCAUUGAAGAAACUAAUUGUAGAUGGCCCAAGUUGUAUUUCAUCCAACAUUCUAGCUAGGCCUUGUGAAGGGAACCCUGAAUAUCACAGUUUGAACAGAAGUGCUUCGGGAAGUAACCGUGGAAGCAAUGUGCAAGAUGUAAGCUGCACAGCUAUAAAUGCUGGAGGUACAAAUGGGGAAAGUGAUAAUGGGUUAGCUGGCAAAAAUGAAAGUGGUGAUGCCAGCGGCAGUGGUUGUGGAAAUACAACUGAUCCUUCUGAACUUGUCAGAGCAGCAGCCUUGACCAAAUUUCAGCAGAAGAAGAAAGAUAGAUGCUUUAAGAAAAAGCCACUCAGAAAGUGAAAGGAGUGUCUUCUGUGCGUAGGGAGUUGCAACUUUAGAAGGAAUGAGGUUGACCUGAUAAGGGUACAUAAUGACGACCUAAAAGCUAUGUGGAAAAUGCCAUGCAACAAUCAAGAAGUUUUCAUUCUCUGUUAUUUUGCUGAAUUCAAAUGGCUAUACCAUCCAUUUGAGUUUGGAUGCCAUAGCAGCAGUUAUCUUUUCUUCCUUGAAUUGUAUCAUUUGUUUGAUAUCAAAACAGAGUGAGACUAGCAGAACAGUGGCCACAUGUUCGAGGACAAUUUCUGAGGCAGGCAGAGCAAAAGUAACCCAAGGAAUACUGCAAAUCAUCAUUUAGACCAUACUUCCUGAUCUUGCAUGCAUUAAGUUUGUUUGUUCAUUAUAGUAUCUUGUAGUGUGAGGAUCUUACUCCUGUGCAACAUAUAGUCAGAUUUAACCAUAUUUUUUUCCUGGCAGACAUUGAUGUGCCAAUCAUUGCCACUUGUGAUAAGAGGUUUUGCAUUUAAGUGAAUUGCUUUCUAUAAUAACUACCUAUUAUUCUCCA